AUGCGACGAGCUCCCAGUUUACGAAUGAUAUUCGUGGCAUUGGUUGUAUCGUUAGCUGGUCCAUUUCAUUUCGGUUACCAGCUUCUUAUCACAAAUCCGGCUCAGAGAGCUUUUAUUCGGUUUUUUAACGAUACACUCGAUUCGGAAUUACACAUCACAGCUUCCGAUAGCACUCUUGAUAAAAUAUGGAGCUUUAUCGUUGCUGUAUUAUUUUUGGGAGCAUUAGUUGGAUCAUUUUCUAUCCGUCUUAUUGCUGAUAAAAUUGGACGUAAACGCGGACUUUAUCUGUCUCUUGGAAUAGGUGUUGUAUCGGCAACUGCAUCGCUCGCCAAUAAAAUUUUCUUCUUCACAUUCCAGAUUCCAAGCGUAUUACUAUAUAGUUGUUCACGAAUAACAGUGGGUUAUUCAACAAGCCUUAGUCUCGGCCUUUCGGCACUUUUCCUCUCCGAAUCUAGUCCAAAAGAAUGUCGUGGUUCUAUAGGAAUGAUUAUUGGCAUGUGCGUUCAGUUAGGUAUUCUAACGGGAUCCAUUCUAGCAAUGCCACAAAUUUUUGGUACUGUUCAACUUUGGCAUAUGAUUUACGUUGCUGAAAUAGUAAUGAUGAUAACGUUUCUCACAUUUCUACCACUUCUUCCGGAGACACCAGGAUACCUGGUUCAGAGAGGUGUACUUGAAGCAGCAAAGAAAUCCUUAAUGUUCUAUUUCAAUUGCAAUGAUGAAGCCGCUGAAGUUCACCUAAUUCAUAUCAAAGAAGAACAAAAACUACUCGAAGACUCUCACACAAUGGUCGAUGUAAUGAAAGCAGCAUCUCUAAGAAGAAAAACGUUUGUCGGAAUUGUCGUGAUACUCGCUAUGUCAUUUAGUGGUAUUACAGUUAUCAACGCAUAUGCAGUUGAACUUCUACGGAGCACUGGUUUAACGUCACUUCAAGCUUCACUGGCGAACGUUGCAGCAGUAGUAUCUUCAAUGGUUGUUGACAAAUUUGGUCGACGGCCUCUUCUCCUAAUUGCUUUUUCCGGCUGUUUAAUUUGCAAUGUGCUCAUUUUUUCUCUGCUGCUAUAUAAAGUUCUUGGUUGGAUCCUCAUCGCUAUUGUUUGCUUGUUCACCGUCUUUGUUGCAAUCGGUCCUGGUCCACUGUGUUAUUUUAUUACCGCUGAAUUAGUUGGCCAGUCGGCAAGAAGUGGAGCACAAAGCUGGGCGAGUGUGGCACAAAUGUUGAGUCGUUUCCUGACUGUGAUAAUGUUUCUGCCAAUGAAAAAUUCUCUUGGUGAAUCGUGGUCAUAUCUCCUAUUAUUCGUCCUACCAAUUAUUGUUGCGAUCAUUUUUCUUUACUAUCAUUUACCCGAGACAAAAUGCAGAACUGCAUAUGAGGUAAGCACUUGUCUUUUUUUUAAAAUUUUUUCUUAUCUGUCUUUCAAAUAUCAUCGCAGUCGAUCACUUUUUCUACAUCAAUCACGAGAGUACACUGAUACGCAAAUACUAGGUCAAACUCUUUGA